AUGGAACGGGUUUCAGCACCUGAGGCAUCCUCGGCUGCUGGUGGUUCUACUGCUACUGCUCCCGCUGGCAGUGCGACCACCGCGAUGGCGGGCCCGCCGCAGCGAGCUGAAGGGAGAGAGGAAGGGGAGACUCAGCCCCCGCCACGGGCCAAGGCCCAGGAUAGUAGCCGGACGGGCGGUGUGCCAGUCGUUGGCCCUUCCGCUCCGGCCGGCGCUGCUCCCGCUGCGGACGAGGAAGGUAAAGGUCGUGGCGCUUCCGGUGGUGGCGGUAGUGCGGCGGGCGGAGCGGCCUGUGGAGAGUGCCACCAGACAGAGACCUGGCGCGGUAGGCACGACUGCCACUGCAGCAUCUGCGGCAACAAGGGCGUCCUGGUGGGUGGCACGACCUUGUCAGUUGCCCGUGUCUACGGAAGACCCGAAGACCUGAUCAGCUGCGAUGGGUGCCCCAGAGCGUUCCACCGGCGUUGUCUUCCGGCUGGAACAGACAGCCAGCUCGCGGCGACUUUCCGAGCGCGGGUGGACGCGUGGUUCUGUUCAAAUUGCACCAAGAUGGGGCGGACGAGUCUGGUUUACCAGCAAAAUCCGGAUUGGACGGUGGUGGCAACGGUAAGAGCGAGGGGGGAUGGGGCGCCCCUCCUCUUGGAAGACGUGAUUAGAACGUCCCACCCGCUCUUUGAUGCCAUCAAAGCAUGUGAACUGAAUGUGGACGAGGAGGUUCUGUCCAAGUACAGGGCGUUGGAAAAGAAUAACCCGGCGGUGUUGCAGACGCGUCUCAACAACGAGGCGGAAGCGGAGGGCAGGACGGCGGCGGCCGCGGGCAGGGCGGCGGCGGGUAGGGCGCAAGCGGAGAUGAUGCGGCGGCCGUGCGAGGGCGCUACGAGUGCCACAGCUACUCCCUACACAGGGGACUAG